AUGUACGCACCCAUAGUCAGACCAUACUUGGCCCGCAAGCUUGCUUUGCCACACAAGACCCUCAGGAAAAUCAAUUGGAAGGCAUCGAACCAGGCCCUCAGACGCAUGCCCAAAGGAAAACGACGUUGGCUAACCAAACACACCACUGGUUUCUGUGGAGUCGGACGAUCAAUGCACAUUCGGAAGAUUUGGGAUCACUCCCGCUGCCCCCGUUGUGCCCAACCCGAUGAAAACCCUAAGCAUGUUCUGCUGUGUCCUAGCCGGGGUGCACGACUUACCUGGGCCGAGGCAUUGGUUUCCUUAGACAAGCACCUUCGCAAACUUGGCACAAAUCAAUCACUUCGGUACGGCAUCAUAGAACAUCUCCGGGCUUGGGGAAAGAGGAGCCCUCCACACCUGGGACCUCUCCGUGCCGACGUCAGAGCUGCACUCGCUGAACAGACUGAGAUAGGAUGGUACAACCUAUUGCUCGGACGCAUCAGCCACCGGUUCACCCAAUUGCAAGAUGCCCACUACAAAUCCCUAGGCAAUCGCCGCAAUGGUUUCCGCUGGACCACCGCAGUCAUACGAAAACUUCUUGAUAUUUCCUGGGACAUGUGGGACCACCGCAAUCAUAUCAAACACAAUGACCCGCAUCCAGCCUUCGACCCACAACUCCGAACUACCCUCAACGAAGAAAUAAGGUUCCAAUGGUCUCUAGGCGCCGCUAGCCUGCGCCCGGAAGACAGACCCCUAUUCCGACAUGGCCUCGACUCCAUCAUGGAGCAGACAACUACAGACAAACAACAAUGGCUAGCUAGUGUGGAGAACGCCCGGUCUGCAGUGGCGGCAGACCAAGUCCAACCUCGCAAUGAUCAGAACUACGAACGUAACCUGAUGGAAAACUGGAUCAUUCGAGGUCCACCAGCUAACUGA